AUGAAUUACGGAAAAAAAUCACCGAGUAUGGGUACACCAUCGAUUUAUUCCCAUGUAACAACACGCAGCAGUGCUAAUUUGCGUUCAUCACGAUCUGUUAAAAGUGUCAAAAUUCCUUGGUACCAAAGGCCUAUUUUAACUAGACCUUAUAUUCUUGAUAUUCAACGCACUGCGAUGUUAACUGCUGUUUUUAGUUUACUUCUAGCUAUCUUUACAAUAGCGACAUCGAUAUUUGACGUCUACUGUCUACAUGAAGCAGCUCCAGGGACAAAACAUUAUGGAUAUUACAUUAUUUCAUAUGAAUUCGUCUACGUUGGAAAUCCGCACAUACGAAACGCCCUGAUAGUCGCUGCAUUGUUUUCGCUACUCGGAAGUAUAAUACUACUAGUAACAUCAGCGAUCCUGAUCAACGCACUGAGAAAAGAGUAUGAAAAGCGAAUGGUCUAUUGGCUUUAUUGUUUCGCAGCGUUCACAGUAUUCCGUAUGUUUGCUUACUUGUUUUUCUGCAUCGUAAACGACAUGAUAUUCACCUACAACAUCAUGAUCUGCUUGCUCUGGUUACUCUUCCUCUGCUACUCGGUCUACGGAUGGCUGACUGUUUACACUUUGUACAUCGAAUUAUCUGACUUGACGCGUCUUGAGGAUUUUGCGCACUUACGAAUUGGAACAAUGCAAUCAUUGAAUGCGUCAACAACACAUUCAAUAGCUGGUUCGCGUCCAACUACACCGCAUAGUACUGUGUCUACAAUGCCCGUUAAUUAA